AUGGCUCACUGGACCACCUUCGAGAAGGAGACGGAGAGGGAGACGAAGGAGUUGAUCAGGUGUCUGAGUGGACUUCAGGAUGAAGAGGAGCAAAACUUCCAGCUGGCACUUAAAUUCGCCUGGUCUAAUUUCAAGUUCCAUCGUUUCCUGGACGUGGACAGCCACAAAGUACAACGUAGCAUCAGUGGCAUCCAUGAAAAACUCAUGAUUCACUCGGAAGUGAGCAAGGCCGAAAGCUGGAUGAGGCUGACUGAUGAGUUCCUCAACUCACCUCUCGCUAAUACCAGUGGAACAAAGACCGAAGUACACUACAGCAUACUGUCGCUGCUCCUCUUCUUAUCAGGAUCUCCCUCCAAUACCAACUUUACCGAGAGACCCAGAGUGAGAGAGACAGAACAAAAAGAUAACUUUGACUGGGCUAAAUAUCUACAAGAGGGUGAAGAUAUAGACAACGGGCCAUAUCCUGAUACGCCUGUGUGGUCCGAGGACGACAGCGAGGGCGAGGACAGCCGACAACCAAUCAGCAGGGAGGACUCCGGGAUCCAGUUGGACAAAACCCCCCAGGAGGACAAAGACCAAGCCGACAAGGCGGUUUCCGUCCCAUGGACAGUGGGUGAGCCAGACGCCCGAGCCUGGCUGGAGCAACAUGUGGUGACUCCUUACUGGGUGCCGCAUGCCCCCCGAUUUGCUCAUAGCCUGCAUUUACACUCGAACCUGCUCAAUGUUUGGGACCAGCACUUAUACAACACUGAUCCGCUGUAUGUACCUGAAGAAAAAGCUUUUGUCACAGAGGCUCAAGUCAUCCGGGAAACGCUGUGGCUUUUUUCUGGAGUUAAGAAACACUUCAUAUUCCAGCAUCAUGAUGGGAACGUGACAGUUAGAAAUAAUGUGGUGGUGACUCAUCUCACUGGUGACUGCCUGCGCUCCGUGCUGGAACACGUGGCCACGUACGGCCAAGCCGUUUUUCGGCUGCAAUGUUUCAUCGACGAGGUGACGGGCCACAGUCCGGAGCUCGGUCCAACCGGAUCCAAGAGGAGCUCUGAGCCGCCGUUCAGGACCUACCAGGCUUUUGUGUGGGCCCUUAACAAGUACUUUACUAGUUUCAAGGAGGAGCUGACUGCUAUUGAAAGGGGGCUUGUGUGCAAAGACGAAACGGUGACCCUGUCCGCUGUUCUGGAGCGUCUCAGCCCGCACCUUGCGCAGCUAAAAGUCCUGCAUCGUGUCUUCUGCACCGGUGUCGCUGAGGUACCUCCCGAGACCCCCAACGUGGUCCGGGCCUCCCACCUUCUCAACACGCUCUACAAGGCCAUCAUCGAGUAUGACAGCGUUGGUGAAGCGUCGGAGCAAACGGUGGCGUUGCUGUUUUCCCUGUGGACCGAAACCGUGCGACCGUAUUUAGAGAUAGUGGACGAAUGGAUUGUUCAUGGACAUCUGUUCGAUCCCGCUAAAGAGUUCAUCAUACAACGGAACAAAGACGUGGCGGUCAACCACAGGGACUUCUGGCACGCCACGUAUACUUUGUACAGCAUCUCUGAGAUGGUGGAUAGCGAGACUAGCGACGCGGCUAGCGGAAGUUCCGGAGGAGACGGCGGUGGAGGAAACCGGCAGCUUACUAUGGUGUCCUUCCUUAAGCCCGUCCUCAAGCAGAUUAUCAUGGCCGGCAAGUCCAUGCAGCUCUUGAAGAACCUGGACCGCAAAGACGACGGCAAACGGUCUUCAGAGGAAUCCUCGAGAGAUGCUGAGCGUAAGAGUCUAUACACGCUGUUCCUGGAGUCGGUGCAGUCGCGUCUACGCAGCCAGGAUGCGUCACCCACGAGCGCCGUGACGGAGCAACAGGCCACCAGGAGGAGCCUGAUCCGAAUGCAGUCAGUCAUCGCACAGCAUCUGGAAAUCGACGACGUUCACGACCCACUGCUGGCUAUCAAUUUCGCUAGGCUGUACUUGGAGCAAAGCGACUUCCACGAAUGCUUCUCCCGAGACGACUUGAGCUUGGACCGCUCGUCGCAGUCGGUCACCUGCCAGACAUUUGAGCUCACGCUACGCUCCUGCCUCUACCCGCACAUUCAACGCCGUUACGUGGAAUGCUGCGGCAACCUCAUGAAGACAUUGAAAAAAGACUACAAGCUGCUGGAGUACCUACAGGCUAUGAGGAACUACUUCCUGCUGGAGGCGGGCGACACCAUGUACGACUUCUACACGGCUAUAUUUGAUAAGGUGCGCGAGAAGGAUAGCUGGCAGCAGCCGGCGUUCCUCAAUGGACAAUUGCAGGAAGCUGUUGGGCAGCGCCGCCCAGAGGACAGUAGCAGAUUGUCUAUCUUCUUGGAGACAAUUGACCCCAGCAGGAAGAAACAUCCUGUUAAUAAUCUAGAAGUGCUGACCCUCAGUUACAAGGUCCCAUGGCCGGUCGACAUUGUGAUCAGCUCUGAGUGCCAAAAGAUCUACAAUCAAGUGUUUCUGCUGCUGCUUCAGAUCAAAUGGGCAAAGUACAGCUUGGACACACUUCGAUUCAGCGGGUUCAUAGAAUUCACCAAGAAGCUGGAGGGGGCGCCUACCGACAAUGCGAAGCAGAAAGAGCGACCGGUGAAGCAGCAGAUUCAUCGUAUGUGCCUGCUGCGUGUCAAACUCAUGCACUUUGUCAACAGUCUUCACAAUUACAUCAUGACCAGGAUUCUACACAGCACUGGACUAGAAUUCCAGCACCAAGUGCAGGAAGCAAAAGACCUGGAUCAGCUCAUCAAGAUCCAUUACAGAUACCUGGCCACCAUUCAUGAUCGCUGCUUAUUAAGGGAGAAGGUUAGUUUUGUUAAAGAAGCCAUCAUGAAGGUGCUAAACCUAGUCCUGAUUUUCUCCGACCGAUGGCAAGCAGGGUUUGGAGCCUGGAAGAUUGAGUCUAUUGCCAAAAUGGAGUCCGAUUUCAAAAAUUGUCACAUGUUCCUGGUGACCAUUCUCAACAAAGCCGUGUGUCGUGGUUCUUUCCCUCAUUUGGAGUCACUCGCCCUCUCUUUGAUGGCGGGCUUCGAGCAGUGUUGA